CUAUCACCAACUUGUCGAUUUGCCCCCAACUUAAGAACGUACCUAGUAGGAUCGCUGCACUCUUUAAUAACUUGAACUACAAUUAUUAAAUCUCGAAUAUCCGAACGACAACGUCAAGAUGCCGAAAGCAGAGGUCGGAUCAACCAAGUUCGUGAGCAAUAAGCUCAAGUCGAAGGGACUGCAGCGACUUCGCUGGUACUGCCAAAUAUGCGAGAAGCAAUGUCGCGAUGCCAAUGCGUUCAAGAUGCACACACAGAGCGAGUCUCAUACGAGGAAAAUGUUGCUCGUUGGCGAGGACCCGAAAAAGUACAUCGAGCAAUUCAGCACCGAGUUUAAGAAGGACUUUCUACAACUGCUGCGAACGUCCCAUGGAGAGAAGGGGGUUCUCAUCAACCACUUCUAUCAGAACUACAUUGCGAAUAAGGAGCACAUCCAUAUGAACGCGACCAAAUGGCAUUCGCUUACCGACUUCGCCAAACACCUAGGAAGAGAGGGUAUCUGCAAAGUCGAAGAGACAGACAAGGGAAUCCAAGUCGCCUGGAUCGACGACUCCCCCGAGGCUCUGCGACGGAAAGAGGCGGUGCGAAGGAAGGAGAUGCAGGAUAAGGGCGACGAGGAACGCGAACAGAUGAUGAUCAGGGAGCAGAUCCGUCGCGCGAGGAAAGCGGCUGGUCAACCCAUCGACGAUGAUAACGAGAACGACAACGACAAAGCGGAAGAAAGCGGAGGGCUGAAGAGGCAGGAAGGGGAGAAAAUCAAGCUUUCCUUCGGCGCGAAACCUACUUCUCAACCCGCGCCCGCCGCUUCGCUGGAUAAACCCACAUCGACCCCCGAACCAUCAAACUCCCCAACCGACGAAACCAAAGACUCGGAUUCCACAUCCCAACAGCCACCUCAAACUACCACAGCAGAGAAACCGGCCGCAGCGCCUAUAUCCCUGAAAAUGACAGCGAAACCGCAAGCGAAGAACGUGUUCGCGGCCGCGAAGAAGAACGCGCUGGCGGGCGCGUCGAAAAAGGCGGUGUUUGAGCAGCCGAAGAAGAUGAGUGAGGCGGAGAGGAUUAUGAGGGAGGAGAUUGAACGGAAGAGGGGGAGGGGGUUUGGGAAUGGGAAUGGGGGGAGGGAGGGGGGGAGUAAGAGGCAGAGGACUUGA